UAGUCAACAACAACGAAUCAUGUUUGUUAUCACCCAUCUUAGACCACCUAUUAAACAAGUCAUCUAUACUCUAAGGAGACGAUAUCCCAAACAUUAAAUAUACAAUACGCCACAAGAAUUUGGCAUAUAAACAAUCGAAAAAGAGACGUUGAAUACAGCACAUAAGAACGGAUUACCGUCUCGAGAAUGGCAUCCACUCAAACCAUUCCGUACGCCAUGUGCAUCAGUGCAAGUUCAUACUAAUGUAGCAAGCAGGAAAGGCCACUAUAUAUAAUCCCAUGCACGACUAAUCUCAAAACCAUCAAGCACAGCAGAGCUCGACAAACAAAAAGAAAAAAAAAACAGAGUGAGAAGGAGCUCGACCAUUUCUUCAGGCAAGCAAUGAUGGCCACUGCGAGAGGGAUAGCCGCCAUGGCGAUGUUCUUCCUAGUUGCCCUCUCCGCCUCCCACAUGGCAUCCUCCCUCCGCCCUGGCACCGGCCUCGGAACGUGCCGCGUUAGCGGGUACCUCCCUGGCCACUCUGGCAACUGCCAGAAGAGCAACGACCCAGACUGCUGUGAAGAUGGAAAGAAGUAUCCACAGUACCACUGCUCGCCACCGGUGACUGCGAGCACCAAGGCCGUGCUGACGCUCAACAGCUUUGAGAAGGGCAAGGAUGGCGGUGGCCCAUCAGAGUGCGACAACGCGUACCACAACGACGAGGAGAAGGUGGUGGCGCUCUCCACAGGGUGGUUCAGCAACAUGGCGCGUUGUGGUCAUCAAAUCAAGAUCAGCGCCAACGGCAAUUCCGUGUACGCCAAGGUGGUGGACGAGUGUGACUCCGUGCACGGCUGUGACGACGAGCACAAUUUUGAGCCACCGUGCGACAACAACAUCGUCGACGCCUCACCGGCGGUGUGGAACGCCCUGGGACUCGAUCUAAACCUCGGGAUGGUGGACAUCACCUGGUCCGAGUGA